CCUUGAUCCAACCGCCCAAGCAACUUCAUACAGAGGGAUAGGUUUGCCAAAAAAAAUUAAUAAAAGAAAUGUGAGUUGAAAAAGCAUAACUCCCAAGUAUUUUAUACAGAAUUACAAUUAUAAAUCUACAAUAUAAUACAUGCCAGCCGCAGCCACUAUAUUUUAUCAGAGUGAGUCCAACAUAACAUCGCUUCCUGUUCCUUCGUCGUCAACUUCGUCUUCGUCUUCGUCAUCCGUGGCGAAAAAGUCUGAUAGAGUAUCCAAGUCCAAUCGUUCCGGGCUUUUGGCUUCGGAUUCAUCGCUGCUUAGCAAGGAAAUGACUUCUGGUGAUGGUUGCCUGUCCUGGUACCCAGCUGCUCGAGUCUUUAUUCGUGUCGUCGUUGUCCGUCCAGUACUUUUUGACAGGCGUGAAGUUCUGUUCCUUUGAUCUUUCUGUGCUGUAAAAUUCGCCUUCCCUCGCCAUUCGUUCAGCUUAUCCAAAAUGGUCUGCUGCACUGCUGCUCUAGAUUCUUCCCGCGUGUCUCCACGCUCCAUCAUCACAUCAUAGCCGGUGUGGCAGUGUCGUAUGUGAGCAGCAACUGCUAGGCGAACUUUUGUGUCCAUAUCAAGCGUGCCUGUUCUCCCAACGCGUCCGCUACGUUUCUUUGUCGCUUUGCUGGCUACUAUUUCUGCCUCAGGAGCCGGGAUCUUCGGAAAUUGCGCCUGAAUGGCCUUGAGAAAGCUGUCUGUAGCGGUGCCAUCUUUGCGUCGAACCUGCGCCUGUCUCUGACUUCUUGUCUGCUUUUCCUCAGCGAAUACCUGCGCAAGGAUAUAUUUUGGUGCCCGCAGGCCUUGGAUACGCGACUUGUCCUUGACAAUAUACAGAGUCUUCUUCGACGUGAUUGUUUUGCGUCUGCACAGUGACGUUAGAAAAGGGUUGCCUUUGCGCAAAAACCCAUAGCCUUUUGGUAUUGGCGUCGAUGAGCUGACUGUUGCUUCGCUUUUUUGCAUCGCAUGGCGCUUUGUAGAAGCUGUCGUCACCAGAAGGUUGGUGUUUGCGGGUGGGAGAGGGGGUGACCACUCGGUCACGAGUGCUGCCGCACAACCAGCAAACGACUGCAGCAUUCUCGACCCUGCAAACGCGCCGCAGCAAUUCAUCGUCCUUCAUCGUCUCGUCCCUUUUGAUUUCGAAAUGCAAUACAAAAUUGUUCGAAAAGUAUGUUCACCCAUCCCCAGUAAUAGAGAAAAGAGACUACAAGCUGUGGAUAAUACAGUGCAGAAUGUUACAUUGCGAUGUGUCCCAGUCCUCCUUGUCUUUGGGUCGGUUCAUCGAGAUCUUUCUACCCACAACCAUUAUCGUUAAUCUCCGGAGCUUUAGCACGUGGGAAUUUUUGCCUUGAUUCUAGUAUACUCCACGGAACCUGAAUUACUCGCCAAAAUCUGCUUCUGUUAUUAGGUUGCUUGAUAAGAUUCUGCAGAAUUCUAUAAAGAGGAUUCAACACUGGGUCUGGCGACUCAGUAGACUAGAGCAGGUAGGCGUGCCGCAAGGCGGAUGCGCCCGCCAAAUUGAGCGUUGAGAGGCUAUGCCGGAUGAAUGCUCUCGGAUAUAUUAUUGUUAAUACCUUCUCAGGACGAGGUUUGCUUGCCUGCCGGGUCCAAUUUCGUCCUCGGGAUUAGUCCUUCUUUGCGCGCAUCGAUUAUUCCCUUGGGAUCGUCGUUUUUGGGCGCUUUCGGCAGUCGCUGACUCGUGGAAACGUAUUUAGCGGUGCCACAGGGCAGGUUUAGCCAGCAGGGUGCCGCCGUUCAAUACGGCGCCCUAAGCGUGUAAGCGUGGAAAGCCUAAGUCUAUGUGAGUCCCUAUCUUGUGGGGUGCAUCACCAUCAACUGCAGGCGUGUUCUGCAUCAGUCUCUGCCGAUCGGCGCCGCAGCCGGGGCCUUGCAUCCACAUUGUGGACAGGCUUACAGGAGAAUUGCCCGUUCCACCACUCAUGAUGCCGUCUCGAGUCAACCUUUUGAAGUAGAUGCGGAGGCUCGAUAGUCGAAGCGUCUUGGCAAGUGGGAUGUCUACGUCAUAGAUCAACACAACUCACGGAACUUUUCCUUUUAUCCAUCUCAACUUUUUUUCACCAUUAUGUACAAAGUAUAUAAUGGUGCCGAUCCCCAGCCGGAAUUAAGGUUUAAGAUGCCAGCACUGAUCCCUUAAUCCAAGUGAUACCCUCUUUUCCUAUCGCCCACCAUGGUUUCCAAGACUCUCAUCGGCGCUGCUGCGCUCAUUGCUGCCGCUCAGGCCAAGAUCACUGUCGUCUGGCAGGGCGGAUCAUGCGAUAAGCCUACUGGUCCUACCAUUGACAUCAGCCCCGAGGGUGUCAACACUUGCACCCUGUACAACUUCUUCCCCAACGAUGACCCUCGUGGCCAUAUCCAGGUCACCGUCAAGGACACCGUCAACGGCGUUGCCAUCUUCCAGCUCCCCCAGAGCCAAGAGAACCAGCACAUUCAGUGCGGUUCUUUGCAGGGUGUCUUCCACCAGAGCGGAUGCUACGAUUCCGUUACUCCCGCCCUGGAUGUUGUCACUGCUGAGUGCGACCAGACCGGCUGCAACAACCUCGUCGGCAUCCCCUCCGGUAGUGUUGUCGCCGACAUGGCUGAUUCCGGCGCCAUCAUUGCCAAGCGUGGGGAAGAAUCCGAGUUCCAAGCCCGCCGUGCCCGCCGUGCCCUCAAGCUCGAGGAAGCCACCGCUAAGGAUGCCCUUGAGAAGCGUGAUGGCUGCAGCGGCUCAACCUCUGUCACUUGCGACGACUGCGUCAGCUGCUUUGCCCAGGGCGCCCGUGUCUCCCCCUUCAUUAGCUGCCCCGGCCAGGGCCAGUCUUGCUCCGUCCAGCUUCAGCACUCCGUCACCAUUACUGACUCCUUCAGCAUGAGCGUUGGUGCUGCCGAUGUCUUCAGCGCCUCUGUCACCGUGGACCACUCCAUUGCCGUCACCAACGGUGACUCCGAGACCUUCACCGUCAGCCCUGGUCAGUCUGGCGCCGUCCAGUACCAGGCCCUCGCCCAGUGCGGUACCAAGACUGUCCACAAUGGCGACGGCUCUAUCUGCGCCCAGGCUAAGGGUACCUUUGUUCUUGACAACCAGGGUGCUGGUGGCCAGCUCUCUUUCGUCCGCUCCAACUAGAACGAAAAACUACCCGUAUAGUGUAUAUAGGAAAUAAAAUAUUUAAACUUAAUACAUAAAAAAAUGUAUAAUAUUU